GUUCUACAAAACAUAUUGUAGUAAACCUAGGGAAGUUACAGGUACAAUCAAACAUUAAACCUAUUCCUGCAGGUCUUUUUAUUUCCCAUUUGGCAGCAACCCACUGGUGGCCCAAUGCGGCACAGGUACAAUGACACCAUCAGUUUGCGCUGUGAUUGGUGCACAUUGGUGCCACUUCUGCAAGUUUCUGCAAACCUGUUAUUUGUAAGAUUGUACUAAUGUCCAUAUGUGCAUAUACUGCAAGCAAAAAUUUGCACUUUGCCCUUGCUUUAUCAUCAAGCCCUGUGAUUCACUUCUAUAGCAGCAAGUUUUGUUAUCUACUUUCCUUUUCUUGGUUUUCUGAAACUAAUAGCGGUCACGUGAUUACGGUAUAUAUUUUAAAGGGACUCCCUGAAGCCACAAGAUCUGCCCGGUGGUUGGGAUUUCACAGCUGAAACAUCCGCUAGAAACAAUCACUUGACACCAUGAGUGACCUAUUAGUGAAAUUGUUAAAACUGGAGUGCCAUUUUACAUGGGCAGUGGACACGGAAGAAGUGGCUGAUAUAAACAAUAUAGAGGACAGGCUUCAUGAUCAAAUUGCAUAUUUACUUUCUACACUCAGACAUAGGCUUUAUAAUUUAUUGGCCUAUACAUGGUAUUUGAAAGGGGGAAGCCAAGAAGCAAUCAGACAGGUUCAGAAAGCUGAAGAGCACCUGCAAGGAACACAGUCUGCUGAUGUGGAUAUCAAAAGAGCUGUGAUCUACAGUAAUUAUGCCUGGCUGUUCUACCAUUCAAACCAGUUGAGCAAAGCUCAGUCUUAUUUGGAAAAAGUGGAAGCCAUUUACAAGAAAUUUGAAUCUUCUCCAGAACAUGAUGUUCUUCUUACUGAGAUAUUUGGAGAACAGGCCUGGGCUCUAUUAACGCUCUAUGGGAAAUCCCCUGAAAGAGCUAAGAAGUGUUUUGAGAAAGUGCUAGUGCUAGAUCCAGACAAUCCUGAGCUCAAUUCAGGAUAUGCCAUAGUCAUGUAUCGCUUAGAAUGUGAAGAUAACAGAGUUUAUGCAACCAAUAAAUGUAAAUCUAUAGAGUUACUAAAACGUGCUGUGACAUUAAAUGAAGAUGAUACUGUGAUUAAGGCUCUUCUUGCUUUGAAAUAUCUAUAUUUGGGUCAACCUGAGAUCGGAGGAAAGAUUUUGGAGGAGGCUCUAAGACAAACUCCAGAUUCACCGUAUUUACUUCGAUAUGCUGGCAAAUUUUACAGAAGUGAAGGAAGGGUUGAUUAUGCUAUUUCUAUUCUCAAAAAAGCCCUAAACCAAACUCCCACUUCAAGCUCUCUUCACCAGCAGAUUGGGCUUUGUUACAAACAAAAGAUGAAAAUGUUAAUUAAAUCUGCAAAGACUGCAAAGUCAUGUUAUCAGCCUACCAAUACCUAUACAAGUGACAUAAAUAAAGCAAUUUCUUCUGCUGUCUUUCAUUUUGAAAAAGCGAUUGAAUUGCAAGAAAUAGUGGUUAAUGUAUACAUUGAAUUGGCUUUUAUGUACGCUAAAGGAACUCAGUUCAAAAAAGCUGAAGAUAUAUUUCAGAAAGCGCUGAAGCUGAGAAAUCUAACAUGUGAAGAGAAACAAGAGAUUCACUUUCGUUAUGCUCUUUUUCAGCAACAUGAACUUAAAUCUGAAUCUGAAGCCAUAAGGCAUUACAAGGAGGUAUUACUGAUCCCAAAUAAAACAAGGGUUAGAUCUUAUUCCAAAAAUAAUUUGAAAGAUUUGGCUGAAAACAAAAUAAGCAACUACCCAUCAGAUGCAACUGGAUUUGGAUUGUUAGGGUUCAUUUAUCAGCAGGAUGCAAUUGACGUCUAUGAGAAAGCACUGGAACUUGAUCCAGAUAAUGAGGAUUAUUUUUAUGCAUUGUGUUAUAUGAGGCUCAGUUUGAGUACAGACUGAAUCUAAGAAGCAUAAUUUGAAUGUCCUUAUAAAAGUCACAGACAAUGAACUUUAGUUUGAAUGUACUAUAAACAGCACAAUGUUUUGUUUAGCAGUGAUUAUAGUAUGAAGAAUGCAUGUCAACACAUAGGGGCACAUUUAUCAAGUGUCGAAUUUCGAGGGUUAAUA